AAGCCCAAAACUAUAGGGCAAUGGAGAAACACAGAUCUCCUGUCGAUGAUGUUGGAGGACAGCGCAUGGCACAGAAGUUUUAUACCAACAGUCUUUCUAUGGGCUGGCGUUCAGCCAAAAUUUUGGACCAUUGAGACUGAGCAGUUACUUCCAGCACUACAAUCUAUCUUUGACGUUGCUUAUCCAGGAACAAAUCACAAUGUCCAACCAAAGGGCCCUAUCAUAGGCUUGCAAGUGCUGGCAACUAACCUUCUCGAGGACUAUGCCUUCCUCUACGAGGAUCCAGAGACCUGUGACCCAGACCAGAUCUACUGGUCCAUAUUCAUGUUGGAAAUGAUUGAGGCUGCCCACAUUAAUGCCAUUGCUGGAUUCCUUGAUGUACCUGCACUCAACACUCAUGGUUUGCAUUUGAUGGGAAUGCAGGCUGUAAUUGCUGCAUGCACUGCUGCACUCGAACGUGCCUUUUCUUUUGCCGCAAAACCAAAAACCUCUGCUGACGACCAAAGCACUACUGCCGGCAGCACAAAUGGCAGCAGUAAGCCUCGCAAAAUGCCCCUGAAGCGCAAUAAAUCCUCGGGCAAGGACAGCACUGCAGCGUCGGCCUUUUCAGAAGCGAACUGUGGGUUGGUGAUGUCUGAAUAUUAUGAUUCCUUGCAGAGGCGUAGGUCGAAGUACACAAUGGACAUAAUU